AUGACGGGUUGACGGACGGCUGGCUGGGAGCAAUUGACAUUUCACUCUUAGAAACGUUUGUGAACACAUAACUGGCCUACAAGGAUUCACAUUAAUUAGAAGAAAUGAAUUAUAAGUUACGGUAAUGGGCCUGUGUUGGUGCAAAGACAAGGCACCACAUGAAGGAGGGGCGUAUGCACCAACCGCAGCAACAGCUGCGGCGUCCCUGGCUUCAGUGGAGCCGAGGGUGCGCAUGCCAAAAGUUGUUGACUCCAUCAUUGUGGAUCAGCUAGUCCUAGAGAUGCUCAAGUUGAUAGCUUCAUUUGUUGACAAUGAUGAAGAGUCUCCUGUUUCAUUGGUGAAGCUCCACGUGAUAGCUGACAAAGAAGACGGGUGGAUCCAAGUGGUGUCGUCCAUGGUCAAUGUGAUUCCCUUGGAAGAUCCGUUCGGCCCUUCUGCCAUCACGAUUUUAUUUGACGACUGCCCUCUGCCGUCCAAAGAGUCAGUUAUAAGGGUGACUCAGUUAUUCGGGCUGUCGUCUGACCGUGCCAACACUGGCGAGUUGAAUGUUCGAGUCGAGAGGAACAUCUGUGUGGUACUCGGCUGCAUAGCAGAGAAACUCGCGGGACCCAACAGCAUUGCUGUGCUUACAGAGAACACGCUUGACUACCUACUAACAUUCCUGAUAACGAAACGUGAUGCUUGCAUUGUUCUGUUUGCGCUGAUUGCUUUGGAGAAAUUCGCGCACACUACUGAAAAUAAAUUAACAAUAAAAAGUCGGCUUGAACGUGAACCAGAGAAUCCUUUAUUGGUGCUGGAGCGCCUGGCGAAUAACGAGGACCAUAUGUGGAGGCAGGUUGGGUUCUGUGCUAAAUGGGCGUUAGAUAACUUAUUUAUAAUAGACGAUAGAAAAUUGUCAUACGAACUAGUUGACAUGACCGGAAUAAAUGUUAUACUGAAUUCGCACGACGUGAGCGAAUAUCUCAAGAUAUCAUGCAAUGGUCUGGAGGCGAGGUGCGACUCGAACUCGUUCGAAAGCGUCCGGUGCACAUUCCAAGUGGACGACGGCUGUUGGUACUACGAAUCGGUGAUAAUCACGCCCGGUGUUAUGCAGAUCGGAUGGGCGACCAAGAAUAGCCAUUUCCUCAAUCAUGAAGGAUACGGCAUCGGCGAUGAUCUUUAUUCAUUGUCGUACGACGGUUGCCGUAAACUAGUGUGGUACAAGGCGAGGCCAUCCGCAGUAGCCGAGGUGCCCGCGUGGAGGCCUGGCGACGUCCUCGGCUGCCUGAUAGAUAUGAACUCCAAAGAAGUUAUAUUCUCAAUUAAUGGAUUACGGAUCCAGCCAUGUAAAGAAAUCUUUGAGACAACUAGAUUGGGCUUCUUCGCGGCAGCAAGCUUCAUGGCAUUCCAACAGUGUAGAUUUAACUUCGGCAACGAGCCAUUCAAAUAUCCGCCCACAGACAGACCGUUCUCGUCUUUCAACGACCAUGGACAUCUCACUGAUGAACAGAAAAAGGUUGUCCCAAGAAGGAUAUAUUUAGAGCAACUCAGAUGUUCUAGCGUGAAAGAAGACUCAUGCACACUUUGUUUCGAUGAUACCGCAUGCUGUGUGUUGAUACCAUGUGGACAUAGAGGGUUCUGUUCGCUGUGCACGUCACAACUGAGAGAGUGUCCGAUGUGCAGAGCGGCCAUACUAAACAUCAGGAAAGAGGACACAUGACAGGACAAGUCUCGCUCCCGGAGCUCGGCCGACAGCCGGGAGCGAAGCGAGUCACCCAGCCCCAACAUCACCCUGGACGAAUCCCCCACCCCCACCAGAAUCAGCACCCCGUCACAAACACACAUGCAAUGCGAGGACGAUGUGGAACAGGAAUUAGAAGACCAAGUGUUCGACCUGCGCCCCCGGGACUUCUUGACGUGCGUCAGGUAUCAGUUGGGAUAGCGACACGCUAUAGAUUUGUGCCGUUCCCCGAUAUCCGCUAGAGAGACUAAUACAAAAUAAUUCGUUGUACACGAGAGUUGAGCGUGCACGGGUGACAUUUGUCGCUGUAAUAAUAUCAUCAGUCCUAUCCAGCCCACGUGAGUCUACAUAAUCACGCUCAUGUUAUGAUAUGACAAUAGUAUAUAUUUUCACAUCGAGAGUAAAGCAAAAUAUUCUAAUAUAGCUUCUUGAACAAUAAAUGUAAUAAAUAAAUAAAUAUAUUUUUUUACUUGAAGUGAACUUAAUUAUAAGCAUCUCUGAAUAAUUAUUAUAUUUAUUUUUCGGUUAAUAUUUUAGUCCCGCCAUAGAAUAGGCCACCUCUUCUUUUCCAAUGGUUGUCGUAAGAGGCGACUAAGGAAACUUAACGGUCGAGGGAUGAUCAGCAGCGUUCCUCUCAAAACAUCAAAAGCUUAACUGCAAUUCGUAACUUGUGGCAGCGCUCCAAACAUGAUGUGACGAGACGUGACAUGCUUCUCUGAAAAGUGGACAACCACGUACCACAGUCCGUGUCUAAAUCUGGCUUCAAGCAACGGGUCUCUGUGCCCGUUGUGUUUCGUUUCACUUUAGGCAUUGUGCACCCGAGUUGUGUCCCGUCUUAACAGGCUUGUUCGGCCUAAGUUACUCCCUCAAUAUCUUCUACCGCUUAUUCCAUGACUUCUCCCUUAUUUCACCCUCCCCUUUCCGAUACUCCACAGCGAGAAUGGGCCAUUGACUUCAUCCAUAUACGAUUGAUCGCCUCUGUGUACAACUAAGUUUGCCAACUCUUACGUGAAUCGUGACAUAAAAUUUUGGAAUCGUGUAUCCCGUGUAUGUUUCCUUCAUCUAUAACCUCAGAUACUUUAAACAUACCGUGGAAGAGCACUUAGUGAGCCGGCAUAGGCGGUCAAUCGUUGAAAGUAAAUAAUUCUCUUAUCCGUUCAUCGUAUUCGUGGACCAUUUUGUUUUUAUAUUUGCUCAGAAUUUUGUGGUUACAUUAUCAAUCAGCCGUUAACUGUGCAUUGCCGAACGUACCCCCCCCCCCUAUAAAUGGAGAAUUUGCGAGUAGUUACCAAGCUUGGCUAGCGGGUUGGCAACUGCAGUUAAACUUUAUUUAGUUAGGUUUUAACUGCAGAAGGACGCUCUAAGAGGGACGCUGGUGCCCAUCUCUUGCCCUUCUUAGUCUAGAAAAGAAAGGAGUAGCCUAUUCUAUAGCCGGAACACAUACCAUACGCCCCCGGGACAUAUUUUAAAAAAAUAAUUUUCUAUGAAUCUACUGUCCAGUUCGAAAUUCAAAAAUAAAUAUACAGUUUAUUACGAUAUACAUUAACCAAUUUAUCCACCACUGGACUCUAUUUUAGAAUUUAUUUCGUCUAAGAUUUUUUUUAUAUCGUUACACUCUACUUUUUAUCCUUCUCUGUAAUAUAAUUAAGAGAUGCUUUUAUAUGCAGAUUACGUGUAUAUUUAUGUAAAAUAAUAUAAGUAACUUAUUAUUGGACAAAGUAAAUUUAAAAUAACUACAACAAAAAUAUUUACAUUUGAAACUAAAUAUUAAAUAAAAUAUCUAUUUAUAUAUUUACUAUGUGAGUAACACACACUAAAGAACCAAUUAUAGUUUUACUUAAGAUACAAUUGGAGUGUAAAAAUUAAAAAUAUAUUUUCGUCUUAGUUUUUAAUUUUUAUUAUAAUCGUAAAGACUGAUGACUUGUCAGAAACAACUCACCCGUGCAUGCUGGCUCUUAUAAUGUAUUCAAAUUAGUUCAGCCAGUAUUACAAUAGUGCGCCGUCGCUACCGUAACAUAAAUCCGUACCAAUUAGUCCAAAAGAUUGUGUAAUACAAUAAAAUUAUGUUGUAAGUAAAAUUACUGUAACUCUAACAGAGAACAUUUAUUUAUCAAUACUCAGUUUAACAGCACACACAUUUUGUAACACAGUAUAUAUAAAUAUACUUUUUUAAUAAAUUGGUCAACUUAUUGAUUUAUCAAUAUCAGAGUUUGAAUACUUUAAUUUAUUAAUUCUUUGUUAUUAAACAUAGACAUUCUCUAGUUUUUUACGAUUAUUAUAAUAUCAGGUUGGGGCACAUUAAAAUCAUGUAUGACAAUGAUUUUACCAUCUAAUUUUAUACACAAUUGUUUAUAAUGAUCACUUCAAAUUGGAAACUUGAAACUAGUUUCCAGAUCAUUUACAAUAUGUAGUUUAUUCCUAAAGUAAAAUAAAAAACUGUUUAAUCACCAUUUUAUUAUCACAUAAACAUAUAUCCUUUUAUGCACACAUUGUUAUCAAAAAAUUUUUGUGCUUUUGAUAAAUUUCAGUAUCAACUUAGCACCAUUUGUAUAUAUUUUUUUCUAUUUAUAUAUUUUUAGUUAUUUAUAUAUUAUUAGUUGACAUCUGACUAAGCUUCCAUAAAUUUUAAAUAUUAUCCUGCAUGCUUUCAUAUGAUUUCAAAUUUAUACAUUCAAAUGCUCUCUAUUUAAAAAUUGAGUAUAUUGUGUAAUGAACUACUGAAAUUUUUUUAUUACUGUAUAAAUAAGAUUAUUUCUGAAUACGUCUGUUGAUGUUUUGUAUUGUUGUAAGAAGUUUGCAGACAACUUGAUUACAAUUGUUUUAUCUUUUUUUAUUAUUAUUUUAGCAUUAGGUAUAUACUUGAAACAUCACAAUGAGAUGCUCUGCCAUAUUAAUUAAAUUUCACAUAUUUCUUUAAAUCUUUAAGCCUUUCUACAGCAUAAUUAUAUAAAGUAUUGUGUGCACAGUAUACUGUAAAUAAAUAAUCAUUUUGCGGUGACAACUUAAAAACUAAAUAGAGUUUUGUGAUAGAGCCCAAAACUCUCUCGUCUCGUCGCUUGAGUGUCUCCCGUAUUUAUACAUCAUGUUCCGAUUGGAUUAAUUAAUUAAUUUAAUGCAGUUACUGAAAUUACUGGGAGCAGAAAACUGACUUUGGUCCUUAGAAUUAGCAACCGAUAAGGGGUAUCAUGGGAGCGUUGCAGUAUAUUCAUGCGAUGUCACCACAUUCAUAUCAGCAUCUUUACCAUUCAAAACAUGUUGUAUACAUCUAUCACAGUAUUGUAUAGUCCUUGGUAUAAACACACUGUGAUCAUAAAAAAAUAAUAUCAUCAAUAUAAAACGUUUGUACCAAGUUUUGCAAUGUAUAAUGAAAUACAGUAAAUUCGUAUAAUACGAAUGGACACUGCAAAAAUAAAAAUAGAGUCAUUUCUCUAAACCAAUCUCUGAAGUUCAAAUUUGAAUUUGAUAUCACAGUGAAUUCUUUAUUGUAAGGACUAAUGUGAACUAAUUUUCUAAUACGAGCAGAUUAAAUCAAUAUUAUUAUAUUUUUAGUUUGUGAUGGUCCACAAAACAGUAAUAUCGCGAACUUAUCAAAUUUAAAUGUUAGGUUAAAAGAUAAGUAUAGAGAAAUCGCGCCUCAAUAUCGACCCCAAUGUUCUAAUUGUAAGAACAGAAACCGUAUGGAUUUACUAGUAUUUUUGACGGAAAAAAGCGUUUAGUUUUAAGAACAACCAAUAUCAUUAAUCAUGGUCCAAAUAUUGUCAAAAAUAUACACGAAAAUCAAUCCGGUUAUUCUUACAAUUAAAAUAUAAUGUAUAAACGAUAUUACAUAUUUUUUUAAAUAAGAAUGUCUUAUUUAUUUAAGUUAUACUCUGCACAUAAUCCUAACACAACUAUUAAAUAGUGGAUUAUACCACAGGGGAGCAAAAAAUAUUUUUACUACACAGAUACUAUUUCAGAUCAAUAUUCGAAAGUAAAACUUUACCAACCGAGUGAUACACUUUUUAUUCCGAGAAAAAAAUAUGGCGGCGAUUAGAUCAUACUCAAUAAUACAUUUAUGUAAAAUUGUAUUUAAAUAUUCGACCCAGUACUAAAAAUGUACAUAUGUUUAUGAACUUUCUAUAAAUAUUUAUUUGAUAGUAGUUGUUCUCGUAACAUCCAUUCAGUAGCGUAUUGCCAAUGAAGUUCUGAUGUCAACUUUCUUAUUAUCUUAUUUCCCUGAAAUGUAGUACAUAGAGAUAUCAGUGUUAAAGCAUAGUUGAUUUGUAGAAGGGUUCAUAAAGCAACAUUAAAUGUCGGGUUGUCUCAUAUUGAAAUAAGUUUUACAAAAAUUUUAAUUGGUGACAUUGAUUCAUAAUUAGGUCGGCCUCUAAGUUUCUACGACAACUUUAUGCAAGAAUUAGGAUAUCAAUUAGGAUGUUCGGUAGAUUAGAAGUCAAGGAUUCGUGAAUAGUUUGUGAAAUUAAAUGGAAAUUAUUAGAUGUUAUUCUAUCUUUAGGUGUUCAUAUAAAGCGUAUAACGCUAGGAUAUAUAUAACAAGCCGAAUAGCUAGGUAAGUAUAAUAUUUGUACAACUGAACAACUUUCCUAAAGAACAUAGGUUGAAAUCCUACUAUAGCCAUAAUGGAGAAAUAAUAACAUUGAAAUGUACUAAAACAUAGAUAAUACUUAAAUAUGAUUAAUGGCUGAACGAUAUUGAAUGAGUUUUAGUACGUAGAUAGACCAUGUCCUGUAUCUUAGAGAAAUACAAAAUCUUAUCUUUAUUCCGCUGAGCAAAACUGUGGGAAUACAUCCAUUUGCAUAUCUUUGCAAAUCAAUCUAUAUUCAUCUACAUAAGUGUGUAAUGAAUAUAUAGAAUAAAAAGGUGUUUGUAUGAAUUAUCUUACUGUAUGCUAUAACUUUUAUGUCAAUCUUAUUAAUAAAUUACUAAUUUCGUUAAAAAAAAAAUAUUUUUUGCCAUUCGCAUAAAACAUUCAGGUGACAAACAAAACAUACAGACAAACUUUUGACGAAAUCGAUUUUAAGUUAAACCGAAAUCAUAUAAUUGCGUCAAAUUGUGUAAUUGUAACAUUAAUUUGUUGUCUCUAGGUGAAACUUUAAUUCGAUCGUAAAGUCAAUUCCAAAAUUAUCUAUUUAAUUUCAAAAUUAUUAUCAAACGUUUUGGUGCGUCACUUAUCAAUUAGAUAUUUCUCAUAUCGUCAUAUUAAGCUCUAACUUAGUCUUGCAUGUUGAGUUCCGACGGAAUCCUUUGGGGAUCAAAUCGAAAUCACGCCAAGAUAUAAAUUUGAUUAUAUUUUACAUCUAUGAAAUAUAGUUUCCAUUGAAUCCCAAUUCGAUUACAUCAAUUUAGAAUAAACUAAUUCUCAACCAUUCUCCUCUAGGAUAGUUGUUCAGUUUUAAUAUUGUCAAUGGAUUUUGGCUUGUACUUUGAUCAUCUUUGUGUUAGAUAGUUGUGAUAUCUACUGGCUUCAGGGUGAUUUAAUGUGGCUCUAAUUAGCUGAUCGUAAUGUUAAAAUAAUGAGUUCAUAGAAUAUAUAUAAAGCAAACAUCUCGCGACACUACAUAUUAAUUAGUAUUACAAAGUAAUCCCAUUUGUUCGCGAAUAAAUUGUAAUAUUUUUAGACUUUGUUUCUAAAUAGCUAUUAGAAAGUAUUUUUCCUUCGGAAUAUCUAUUAAUGAAAAAUUUGGAUAUUAGUACGCUAUUAAUAUGAAUAAUUAGAGUUAUUCUUACCAUUCGACUGACAUAGUUAAUACAUGAGAUUCGUUUAAUCGUUUAAUACGUUAAUUAUCAUGGAUAAUUUAGGUGCUUGUAUUCGUGUAUAGUAUGUAUAUGAAUACAUUAAUAAAUGUCACCGUAAUAUUUUUUUCUUUAUU